UAUUCCCGCCAACAUUUUGUGCUUGUUUUUGCCUAAUUUCAAACUUUCUCCAAUCUUCUCUCCCCUCCCUAUCUCCGAGAUUCUGAUUCAGAAUUUUCAGGAAAGUUGGACAUCCAUGAAAAUUACUAAGAAGCGAAUGGCAAAGGUGGUUGAAGCAACCACAAAGUUUAAAGUGUGUGCAGGUCAGCCUCAAGUUGGUAAAUCUAUUAACAGAACGAGGGGCCGAUGUCCCAAACCUACAGGGAAAAGUGAAGAACUUUUGGUAAAAAAAGAUGAGCAUUCUUUGCCUUGCGGGUCGGCUGAAGCAUACCCACCUCUUUUAGACAAAAGUAAAUGUUAUACAGAAACAAAAGAGAGAUCACCUAUUCCUGAACAAUAUCCAGAGCAAACUCUUCAUACUUCUGCAAAGGUCAAGUUGCAGCUUUUUCCAUAUGAUGAAGUCACUCGCAUGGGAUUGGAGAAGGAUGGGUAUCAUCCGUACUUAGAACUCACUCUUAGUGCUAGGAAAAAGAUAUCUUCUGUCCUUAAGCACCUGAAUAACAAAUGGGGUGGUUCAAGCAUUGCUAAUGGGGAGCCCAUUCUUUUCCCAUACACACUAUCUGAAGAUUUAGCUAGUUACAGAUGGACAUUGAAUGAUGAUGGCCUCACUGCAGGAGAUGUCUAUGUGUCUAUUGGACGCCCUUCUAUUUUUCGCUUAAGGUAUGGCUGGUUCUCCAAUUGUGAAAAUAAAUUGUCUGGAGCGCCUUCAGUAUCAACUCCCUUUGAGGUUUGUUUACAAUCUCAAGGCAUUCAGAAGGGAGGCAGUAGUAAUAUGGAAAGUAUACUUGGCAAGGAGAAACAAAUGGAGGUAACGAGUGAAGAGUUGAAAGCAGCUGUAAGUGUGGCGGAUAAGACAACUUUGAAUGGAUUAACUGAACCUAUGUGCAAUGAAGUGAAGAUGCAUCUAGGCAUGGGGCAGUCAUCCUGUCUGUGGGAUGAUAGUCUAACCAACAUAAGUAUUGGAGGCCUGCUGUCUGAGGCAUCCUUGCAGGGCAAGUUCAGUAAUUGUGAUCCAAAAUCAGAUGGAAGUAAUGCAGGCUUGCAGCCAUCUCAGUUAAUCUCUGAUUCAUUUGAUGCUUUUAUCAUGGCCCAAGUAAAUCAUUCCCAAGCUCCAAAGCCACCUUCUCAUGGUUCAAGCUCAUCCAUUUUGGACGCUGAAGACACUUGUCAUGCAUUUCCUUUUCAAAAGUUUUCUUCCUCAGGCAAAGAUGGAAGUGCUUAUGCUCGUACCUGCAGCCAGGAUGCCGUUUCCAAGUCAUUUAAACAACCAAUCACUAGUGAGGUUAACAUCCAAUCUGGCCUUCCACAAGGCCAUGGCUGUCAAGAAUCCAAAACAGACUUGUCACUUUGUUGUCAAUUUUAUAACGAUGAAAGCAGCCUUGGGCUCUCAGGAAUCAAAUGGACAGACUCUUUGGGACCAUUUGAUCUUGGCCUAUCUUCUUCUAAAAGGAUUAUUAGUGGUGACAGUUUAAGCAUUAGCAGAGUUGUUAGCUAGCAGUACGAUCACAUUGCAACUCUUUUGAAGAUAGAAAGAUAUCUUGAAGAUGCUCAUGAAGUACAGUAGUUGGAAACUGAAGCGAAUAAGUUAAAACCUGCUGAUUGGACAAGCAACAUAGAAUAUCGUUUUUCAAUCUGUUUAUAUGUUCAAUUUAAUUUAUCAUUAGGCUCCGGUGCAAAUUAAAGAAAUGCCAAAGGAAGGGAGCAUAACUUUUUGAUUUCCAUGAACAUGAGAUCAAAGUCGGAGGGUACAUAUGGAUAAAUUUGUGUUUUCCAUUGUUGAUUUUGAUGGUGGAAAUCAUAUAUACAGGGAUAUUACCUUGAUAGCUCUGCAUUGCUUUUGUCUCAUGUAACAAAUACAAUGAAGUUCAUCCCAUCAGAUGCUCUUAUUUACAGGUUCA